UGUGAGAACAAGCGGAACGACGGUCGACGGGCGCGAGUGUCCCGGGCGCGGACGAUGCCCGAAGGGCAAUCGCGUGAGGUAGGUACAUCGAAAACUACGGUUUAUAUACCCUGACCUCCCUUAUCUUCAUUCAGGAACUAUCUCGGCCGAGCUUGCGAGCUCGUGCCUAAACGCAUGUUCCAACACACUCCCCCGAGCGAAGCAAGCGAGCGCGUCGUAUGCACUCCCCGCAGUUCAAUAUCCGGCACUCCCCCAAACUCAAAUCCUCAUCCUCUCGGCGCAGUCAUCCAGCUCCGACACCCAUUCCAACACUCCGACAUCCGGCCGAUAGUCCAUGCUCAUGCGAGCUCCGACGGGCGUACACGUACGGCGGCGCGAUCCUCGUCCAAAUCCGGCAACUCUUCAACAUCUCCAGCAACGGCGGCGGUUCGAUCAACGGUGUCCUCGACAGACGGUUCGGCGGUGCCCUCGGCAGGCGGUUCGGUACCCUCGGCGGGCGGUUCGACAGUUCAACAGUUCGGCGGUUCGACGACGGUACCCUCAGCGGUGGGCAAGACAACGGUUCGGCAGUGGUGGUUUGACAAUCGCAGUGGAUGGCUUCAACCCCAUCCCGGGCGGUUCGGUUCGACGGGUCGAUCGUACGACGUGCGGCGGCAGUGGCGCGCGUGUGGCGUUCAACGGCGGGUUGACGACUUCAGCCUCGUCUAGGCAGGUGGGUCAACGGCGACGGCGGGAGUCACGGUCUGCGGCACAGCGACGGCCAGCAGAGCAUCGGCGAGUGACAGCAUGCGCGCGAGGUACGGCAACGCAGCGAGCGGCGGGCUUUCAGCUGCCCCCAGAGCCUUCUGGUAGUAAACCCCCAGGUGGGCUGACGCGAUUGUGUGAGAACAAGCGGAACGACGGUCGACGGGCGCGAGUGUCCCGGGCGCGGACGAUGCCCGAAGGGCAAUCGCGUGAGGUAGGUACA